UUAGGGGUACAUGGUGGUAUCGCCCGUCUGAAGGAGUCUCUGUCUCUGCUGUCGCCCCCUCCUCUCCGCAGGCUGGAUGCCUUACUCCACCGCUGACAAUGGGGGAUUUCUAUGAUCCAGAACACCCGACUGAGACGGAAAAAGAUGAUGAGACAGAACAGGAGGAAUCGCAGAGGCCUCCUGACCCACAAGAAGAAGAGAAUGAGGCCAAGAAUGACGGCUUAUUGAAAGCAAUUGGCAAGUCAGCAAAUGCCUUUAAGGGUAUUUCCUCCAGUAGAUUUCUACCUAAAGGAACCAAAUCCAAGGUGAACCUGGAAGAACAGGGGAGGCAGAAGGUCUCUUUCAGCUUCACAAAGAAAACCCUGCAGAACAGAUUACUGACGUCUUUAGCCAACGACAAGCAGAAUGAGUCGCAGAGUAAUCCGCCGCCGCUUAGCUCCGCAGAGCAGAUAUCAAAGCUUAAGAUGGAGUUUGGCGAAUCUACUGGUGGAGUCACAGACAUUUUCCCGCCAAAGCCCAAGGUGGAGCUGGGAAAAAUCCAUUUCAAGAAGCAUCUUCUUAGUGUUACAAGCAAGCUACCAGCCCCCCCACCACCACCACCCCCUCCACCCCCUCCUAUAUCCACUCCCAUAUCCCCCUUACCAUCACUUCAGGAGGCUCAGUUAGAAACCAUAAAGUCUUCUCCAGAGGUUGGAACGCCUCCGUCUUCAGCCAACACCUCUUUUGAAAAGUCACCAGUAAAGGAACCAACGAGCACCAAGUCCUCAAAAGAACUUUUGUCGCCGCCACCAUUAGCCACUGCUGUCACGAGCAAAACUGGCUUCAAGGACAUUAAAGAGUGCCCUAUCGUUUCUAUUAUAGAAAGCCCAGGCACUCAGACGGUCGCCGACAAAACAGAGGUGACUGCGUCAAAAGAUUAUUCCCAUAUUGGGAGAGAAGAUAAGACUGCAACUAAUACACAAAGCAUCAAAUCCAAUCCUAGUCCAGAAAAACCCAGGUCAAAGUCAUCUCACUCAGAGACUGCGGUGGUCGGUUCAGAGUCUGAUGAAGAUUCCGUACAGACCUCCUCCAGCCACCGAUCCCAUGAGAUAAAGUGUGCUUCAAGUAAAGAAAGAGACUUAAAACGAAGCUCUAUGUCUUUGAGGAGCGAGGACGGUGGGAAAUAUUUAUCUUCAAGAUCGAGGCCAGAAAAGGAUCAAAAACAUUCAAGUUAUUCCCGGUCAGAUCGAGAUUCCAAAUACUCCUCCUAUUCCCAUUCUAAGUCAGACCGCGACAGGAGAAGAAGCAGGUCCCGUUCUAGAUCACGAUCCAGGUCUAGAUCUGAAAGAGGUCCAAGAAGUAGCUCAUCGUAUGCUAGAUCUGAACGGUCACAUCAUUAUGAGUCAGAAAGAAGAUAUCAUAGAAGUUCUCCAUAUAGAACCAAAUAUUCACGCUCCUAUGCAGACAGUAGAGCGAGGGACAGUUCUGACUCAGAAGAGGAUUAUCGGAGAACGUAUUCCAGGUCGGGCGAUUCCCGGCGUCCUUCAUCAUCGUCCUCUUAUUCCUACAGGGAAACGAGGAUGACGUCCUCUUCACAUUCAAAGUACGACAAAGAUCCCAAAUUUGAUUCUUCUUAUGAUCCUGAUCGCAGGGGAAGAACGUCCUCCACCAGAGCCUGGAAAGAUGUAAGGUCUCCUGACAGGGAAUCUUAUAGGAAAAGUUCUCCUUCAAAAGAUGCAGACGUUAAACAUGGGUCUUCACACUCGCGGGGAAACAGUGGAGCAAGUUCUAGUGCAAAAUCUAAUUUCCCCAAAUUAUCUGAUUCCAAAACGGAGUCUGGGAGCUCAGGAAGAAAAAGUUCUAAGUGGGACCUGGAGGAAAGGCCGGCACAAAGAGAGGAGCGCAAAAUGGGCAAAAAAGAAGAAAGUGCGUCAUUGGAUGUACCAGUCCACAAAAGGAGCAGCACUACAGACAAGCGGGCCGCUUCUCCCCUUCACUUUAAGCAGGAGGCGACAUCCUCCAUCGAGAACGAAAUGGAAAUUAGUUACGAUUCUAACUCUGAAGACGCUGAACAUGUUGUCGAUGACCUUCGUAGUGACAGUCCUGCUCAGUCCAAUGAUGAUGAUUUCUCCCAUGGUCAUACGUGGCAUUUUGUUACCCUCAGUUCUACAGAUAAUAGUCACUUAGAGGAGUCGCAUGAAUUUCCAAGCUCGGAAAACGGUCAUUCAGAUGUCCCUGAAGUGGCCAAUGAUACGGUUACAGACAAUGAAAGUGAAUUGCACAGCAGAGCUGAAGAGGAUCGUACAGAAUGUCUACGUCAGAGACUGGUCCCAACCAAUGAACAAUAUAGGAAAACCCCUUCCAGUGAAACUCUGGACCCUGAUGAUGCUGAGGAUGCAGAUUCCAUGUCGAAAUUCAAUGUUCAGGAAAACAUUACCAAAGAUGUCAGUCCUUUUCCCUAUUCAGAGGAAAUGGACUUUAAACCGGACCCUGGAGAAGAUUCCCAUCAUUCCUCUGGGUUAAAUCAAAUAAGUGACAAUCAAAUUUUUGGGACAGAUGUUCAGUCUGAGCCUCAAAUAACAAUUCUGGUGUCAGAAAAGCCAAGUACAGCCACGAGCGUCUCUUUUGAGCAGCACUUACCUCGUGAAACUAUGUCCCCUGAAAUCUGUCAUUUAGAGAACACAGACCGCACCCCACCACAUAGAGAGUCAAGUCCUGUAGAGACUAUAGAAAGUGAUGACACAGGUGAUGAAGACGACCACCAAUGUGACGCCAAUGAUGUGACUGUAGACAGGCUACAAGAAGACGCGCCACCUUCUCUACAACUUUCCAAUGAUGCAAAUUCUUUACAGAAACAAAGUUCUUCAGCCAUUAAUGAGCAGGAAGAAUCCUCUGCUGAAGAAAUCCAAACGGAAAAGGACGAUUCUUGUGAGGAGGAACCGUACAAACCUGAGAUUAUCCCCAUCGAAGCUGAAGAGGAGACGUCUGUAAAUGAUGGAUCCCAGGUCUCCUCUGAUAGCGUGAAGCCUUCUGUCAACUUCAUCAGUGCAGUCCAAGCGUAUUUUUCCGAUAGCGAAGAAAGUGAGAGCGCUGAGAGUGAAUCGGAUGACACUGACUCAGAUGACAGCGGUCUACCCAGGAACCGCUUACAGUCAGUCGUGGUGGUUCCCAAAACCUCCACAUUAACCAUGGAAGAAGCUAAAAUGUCUCCAGUGACUCAAGAAGAAAGUGAUAUGUUUACAUUAACUGUGGAAGAAGAUCAGACAUCUACAUUAUCUGUAGAAGAAAGCGAAAUGUCCUCAGUGACCAUGGAAAAUGCUUGUCCUCUUGCAGAUGUGAUAAAUGCAAGACCAGCUACAUUAACUAUGGAUGGUGCUUCAAUGUCUGACGAGACUGUGGAACAUGCUAAAUCUUCCCAAUUAUCCAUAGAAGAUGCUAAACAAACUGUAGUGACCAUGGAAGGUGCUAAGCCAACUACAGUGGCCAACGAAAAUGCUAUACCAGUUAUGGAAGGUGCUAAAGCAGCUGCAGAGACUAGUGAAGAUACUCGACCAUCUUCAUUAUCCACGGAUGAUCCUGAACCAUCUGUAUUAUCCACGGAUGAUGUGAAGUCCUCUUCUCUGAUCAUGGAAGAUGUUACACCAUCAGUCUUAUCCACAGAAGAAGCUAACCCAUCAGCAUUUCACAGUGAAGGUACUAAUGUGUUUACAAUAACCUCAGAAGACCCUAAAAUGUGUAAAUUAACCAUGGAAGCAGCUAGUCCUUCCCUUUUGCCAGGUCUCCCGAUCAGUCUAGAGAUCUCAGAUCAUAAAGACCCUCAAGAGAUCAGAUUUGGACACUUUGAGAAAGACUCUGUGCAAGUUCCAAGCCAUUCCGUGCCUGAUACUCCAGUAGAUGUGGUCAAAGUUGUCCCCGCUUCAGAACCAGCCCCCGAGAUUGGGCCUCCUCCAUCUGUUCCCGAUGUCAGCACCAGCCACCCUGUGCCCAUGAAACCUAAAAACAAAGGCAAAGCCUAUAAUGAGACUAUUACAUUUCAAGAGAUUCCCAUCUCAGCCAUAGAAAUGGCCAAGGAGCCCGAAAGGCCUGCAGAGCCCGCAGCGCCCUCCAAACCUGCCAUGAUGGAAAAGCAGGCGAUGAAGAACGUGACCGAGCGGCCGGACAGUAGACAUCAGGCGGCUGAGUACAGUCGUGCUCUAGGACCUGGAGACUAUUCACAAGUUGAUGGAUUCCAGGUAGUAGAAGACUUGUCCGAUCUAGGAUGGGACUUCUCACAGCCCGAGAAGCCGAGCAGCACCUAUCAGCCACCGGACAGCAGCUACAUGUACUUCGGUUACCAGCAAGGAAGCGGCUCCCACGACUCUUCUCACAAUUAUGCUGGCAACAACGGGUAUUGGAAUUCUGGCUACCACGGUAAACAAGAUGUACGGUAUGGUAAACCGUCAGGCCAAGUACCCGACUCGGUGACAAAUUGUUACAAUGAGGACGACGAUGAUGACGAUUAUGACUUCGCCUGGGAUAAGGAUCACGUCCAUGAGUUUGGUCACCAUCCUAAGGCGCUCCACGAAAGGACAAAAGAAAGUGGCUUUGUGCAGGCGCACGAGAUCAGCAGCAACUCCCUAAAGGACAAUGUCCCACGAAUGGACAGGAGAGAGCAGCUAGUGAGGGAGCGCUCUGACCUAAAGGAGCGAGGACCACCCAAGAAACGGAGGCAGGAGCUAGAGAGCGACACAGAGAAUGACGCAGAAGCUCUAGAGAGGAGGAGAAUGAAGGCCGAGGCCGGAUCGGUGGAUUCUCCAGCCUCCAAACAGGUGAAGACCGGCUCCAUAUGCCGCAUGGACGACUUCAGGGACCCUCAGCACUGGAAGGACUGCUACAAGAUGGGGAAGAUGCCCACGUACUUCGACCUCAUCGAAGAGAACCUCUAUCUCACUGAGAGGAAGAAGAAUAAGAGUCACCGGGACAUAAAGCGUAUGCAGUGCGAGUGUCCGCUACUCUCUAAGGAGGAGAGGUCUCAGGGAGAGGUGGCCUGCGGGGAAGACUGCCUCAACCGCCUGCUCAUGAUUGAAUGCUCAUCGCGAUGCCCUAAUGGAGACUACUGCUCCAACCGGCGUUUCCAAAGGAAGCAACACGCUGACGUAGAAGUCAUCUUGACCGAUAAGAAGGGCUGGGGGCUGCGAGCCGGCAGAGACCUAAAACCGAACACCUUUGUCCUGGAAUACUGCGGGGAGGUCCUGGACCAUAAGGAAUUCAAAGCCCGCGUCAAGGAGUACGCCCGAAACAAGAACAUCCAUUACUAUUUCAUGGCACUGAAAAAUGAUGAGAUUAUAGACGCAACCCAGAAGGGGAACUGCUCACGCUUCAUGAACCAUAGCUGUGACCCAAACUGUGAGACCCAGAAGUGGACGGUCAAUGGACAGAUCAGAGUCGGCUUCUUCACCACCAGACUGGUUCCAGCUGGGGCCGAGCUAACAUUCGACUACCAGUUCCAGCGAUACGGUAAAGAAGCUCAGAAAUGUUUUUGCGGAUCUGGGAACUGUAGAGGUUACCUCGGCGGAGAGAACCGCGUCAGCGUUCGGGCAGCUGGGGGCAAGAUGAAGAAAGAGAGGUCCCGCAAGAAGGAUUCUGUGGACGGGGAGCUGGAGGCUUUGCUGGAGAAUGGAGAAGGUCUGUCCGACAAAAACCAGGUGCUCAGCUUAUCGCGUCUCAUGGUCCGAAUCGAGACAUUAGAGCAGAAGCUCACCUGCCUGAAACUCAUCCGGAACACACAGUCUCAGUCCUGUCUCAAGUUGUUCCUGGAAUGUCACGGACUGUCACUCCUGUGGAUCUGGAUGGCGGAACUUGGGGACAACCGGGGGAACACAAGUACCAGCAUCAAGCUGCAGCUGGAGAUCAUAAAGACCCUGGAAUUACUUCCAAUCCCGAAUAAGAACAUGCUCGAAGAGAGCAAGAUCCUUCCCAUCAUCCAGCGAUGGGCCCAGACAAAGAUGGCCAUCCCACAGCUGAGCGAAGGUGACGGCUACUCCAGCGAGAACACAUCCCGAGCCCACACCCCGCUCAAUACUCCGUCCAACACACCCGACCCUGCAGCCAAGCUGAGCGUGGAGAUGAUGGAAGGUGACACUCCCAAGAAGCUGGUGCUGCGCAGACUGAAGAUAAUCAGCGAGAACAGCAUGGACAGCGCCGUGUCCGACGCCACCAGCGAGGUCGAGGUGAAGGAAACUCCAGUAAAACCAGAGAUGACACAGACCACUGAUGACCUAAAGGAAAGCCAACAACCUAAAGAAGAGGUGAAAGCAGAAGAGGUGCCGCCACCACCACCACCGCCACCAUCAGAGGAGCCGCCGCACCCAUCCAUCAAAACAGAGGACGAACAAUCACCUGAUGGCAGCAAAGAGCCAGCCGCCGGAUUAGAGGCUUCAGAGACUGAGACCAAGGAGGCCACUGGUGUGAAGGUAGAUGAGACCCCUGCGGUGGAGACCCCGUCCCAGGACGAGGAGGAAGGGGUAUCCGAUGUGGAGAGUGAGCGGAGCCAGGAACAGACAGACAAGAUGCUGGAUAUGAGUGAACUCGCCAACAAGCUGCUGGACGGAUGGAAAGAUCUGAAGGAAGUUUAUCGUAUCCCUAAGAAAACGCCAGUGGAGAAGGAGCACAAUGACCGCUGGAGGGACUCCGCAGGUGGAGGUUACCAAACCCCGACCACCAAGACUCCAGGCAGGGAGAGGGACUCAGAGCGACAGAGCCAGAAGAAGCGCAAGAAAUCCCCAUCUCCACCAUCCUUCUAUGAGCGCAGUGCAAAGAGGGGAGAGGACAGGUACGAUACUCCAGCCUCCUCUAAGAAGAAGGGCCGUCUGCAGGACCGGAACAAGCUGUCCACGGAGGAGCGCAGGAAAUUGUUUGAGCAGGAGGUGGCGCAGAGGGAGGCGCAGAAGCAGCAGCAGCAGAUGCAGAACAUCUGCAUCACCUCCCCUCUCCCAUACGACUCCAUGCCCUAUGGUACCCAGAUUCCCCCACCCUUCAUAAUGUACCCCCAAGGAUACCCCAUCCAGUCCUUCGUUGACCCCACAAACCCUAAUGCCGGUAAAGUCCUGUUGCCUACUCCCCCUCCUCUGGAGUCUGUGAACUCCCCCAACAGCUAUGACCCCUCCCAGGGCAUGGUGGUCAAUCAGGCAAUGCUCACCCCUCAGCCGGUCCCAGUGGUGCAGCAUGUCCCGGCCCCUAUGGACGUCCCCACGCAGCAGUAUGUAGCCCAGCCGGAGCCGAUGGUUCCAUCAGACCCCAAUGUGACUGUGAUGCCGGUACCAGCCCCCAGCACUGUUCCCACUCAAACCUAUGGGGUGUGGGACCCCAACCAGCAAGCAGUGGCGGUGCCGCAGCAUCAGGCACAACCUCAGUACCCUCCAGCCCCUGCGCCCCCUACAGUCUACUACCCAGGACAGGCCUGCCCAGCAGUGUACGGGGUGCCAGCCCCCUACCCGCCGACGGCCCAAUCCAUGGUGCAGAGCUACGCGCAGCCCGGAUUGCAGUACAUGCCAGGUCAGCAGAUCUACGCACCGCACCCGCCAGGAGUCGUCGUUCAGCAGGCCCCUCCUGUGGCGGCCAUUGUGGCACCUGGGCAGCCACCAGCCUUGCAGCAGCCUGAGAUGGGAAUGGCGCCCAACAGCAUCAUGGAGCUGCCGCCUCCUUCUCCACCCAAGCCUAAGACCAUCGUCCUGCCCCCCAGCUGGAAGACGGCCCGGGACCCUGAGGGCAAAAUCUAUUAUUACCAUGUAAUAACCAG